ACAAUAUAAGUCGUCCAGCCCUCCCUUGGGUGGAACGGCAACGCAGCUGCGCUGGACAUUCCUUCUUUGCAAGUCAUCGUCAUUCAUUCGUCUCUUCUUUCUUUGUUUUCCGUCUUUCGUUCGUCACUUGCUUGACCCAACACUCAUUCCCACGCCGACAAGACCGACACCACUACCCCACAUCGCCCUGCACACCAUGAAGACCGUAGCAACUCUCGCCGCCCUGGCCGCCCUGGCCAACGCCCACGCCACUUGGCAGCAGCUCUGGCAGAACGGAAAGGAUCUGGAGAGCACCUGUGCUAGGCUGCCCACCACCAACAGCCCCGUCGAGGACUACACCAGCAACGCCCUUCAGUGCAAUGUCAGCCCUUCCCCUGCCAAGGGCAAGUGCGCCUUCGCAGCUGGUGACGAAGUUACUAUCGAGAUGCACCAGCAACAAAACGACCGCAACUGCGAGAACCAGGCCAUUGGCGGUGCCCACUGGGGACCUGUUCUCGCCUACAUGUCCAAGGUCGAAGAUUCCGCAUCUGCUGAUGGUUCCAGCGAGUUCUUCAAGGUCUACGAGAACACGUGGGCCAAGAACCCCAAGGCGUCUCAGGGAGACGAAGACUUCUGGGGUACCAAGGACCUCAACUACAACUGCGGAAAGCUCAGCUUCAAGAUUCCAGAGGGCCUUGCCGCUGGUGACUACCUCCUCCGUGCCGAGGCUAUUGCUCUUCACGCCGCCAGCUCUGCCGGUGGUGCUCAGCACUACAUGACCUGCUACCAGCUCACCGUUACCGGCAGCGGAACCCUCGUGCCCAAGGGUGUCAAGUUCCCUGAGGCCUACACCAAGACUGGCCCUGGUCUCGGCUUCUCCAUCCACGCCAACCUCGACUCCUACCCCGCCCCCGGCCCUAAGCUCAUUGCUGGCGGUACUGAGGCUAAGCCUCAGCUACUGACCUUUGGCAAGAUUGCUGGUGUCCCAGAUGCCACAGCCCCUGCUGGUGACGAGACCCCUGCUGGUGACGAGACUCCUGCUUCAAGCGUUGCUUCUGUUAUCGCUUCUUCCACCCCUGUCGCUUCCAGCGCUGUCGUCGAGGCCAAGCCUUCUUCCGCUGCCCAUUCCGCUGCCCCUGCUGAGGCUACCCCCACUCCUGUGGUUGUUCCCCCCUACUCUGUCGGCAACAGCACUUCGUCUAUCAUUCCCGGCACCGUUUCCUCCAGCCCCGUUGCCGCCCCUACGACCAUGAUGACCACCGUCCGCCCGUCUCCUACUGCUUCGCCUUCUUGCCCCGUCAAGGAAUACUACCAGUGUGGUGGUAUAAACUACAGGGGCUCCACCCAAUGCGCCGAGGGCCUUGAGUGCAAGCAGUGGAACCCCUAUUACUUCCAGUGCCUCAAGCCUGAUGCCAACCAGCCAGGUCCCAGCAAGGGCCCCCAGCCCACCCAGCCUUCUCAGCCCGCUGCUUCCUACGAGGCUGAUCUGCCAUCUCCUGCCGCGCCCAAGCCCUCUGCUGAACCCUCUUCAGUAACCCCUGAGGCUGCUAAGCCCAGCCAGCCCGCCACUAAUUCCUCUACGCCUGCCGAGGGUGCCGGCGAGAAGAAGUACACUCUCGAGACCUUCAUUACCUUCCUCGAGAAGGAGGCUGGUAGCGCUUCUGCUGCUAAGAUCCGCCGUAUGAUUGAGGCCCUCAUGUAA